UUGUGUUGGAGUUGUUUCGAGCAACUAACCUGCUUAGUUUUUGAAAUACUUAUGAAGAUGUUGAAGUCAGUUUUCAUUUUGGCAAUAGUUGCAAUGCUGGUUGGUGAGUCAGUUCAACAAGGUGGUGGUCUAGGAGGUAUGGGCGGUCCGCCACCGCAAUUUGGAGGUAUGGGCGGUGGUCCGCCACCGCAAUUUGGAGGUAUGGGCGGUGGUCCGCCACCGCAGUUUGGAGGUACCUUCGACAUGAACGGAGGCGGUAGUGCUGGCGGCUACGGAGGUGGACAAGAUGAUGGACAAGGCCAAUAA